GCGGAUAGUUGUUUGCCAACUAACAGAAAAGAAAGAAGAAGAAGAAGGAGGAGACGCAAAAGCAGAAGCAUGGCUGCUGACAUGAGAUUACCAACUAUUAGAAAACCAGUGUCUUUAUCGGUCUCUGCUUUCGACCGAAGAGACCUGGUCGUCCCCGGCGAUAUCAUCACUUCAGACACCGGGUUCAUGAGGGGUCAUGGUACCUAUGUCGAUGAAGAGAAACUGACAGCUUCAGUCGCUGGAGAGGUGCAGAGAGUAGACAAGCUGAUCUGUGUCCGACCACUAAAGACCAGGUUUAAUGGUGAGGUUGGAGAUGUGGUGGUUGGCAGAAUCACAGAGGUACAACAGAAACGGUGGAAGGUGGAGACCAACUCCCGACUGGACUCUGUCCUCUUGUUAUCUUCUGUCAAUCUGCCUGGCGGAGAGCUGAGGAGACGAUCAGCAGAAGAUGAGCUCACCAUGAGAGAAUACCUUCAGGAGGGCGACCUCAUCAGUGCAGAGGUGCAGUCUGUAUUCUCAGAUGGAGCUCUAUCACUCCAUACCCGCAGUUUGAAGUAUGGAAAGUUAGGUCAAGGAGUGCUGGUACAGCUUUCUCCUUCUCUGAUCAAGAGGCAGAAAACACAUUUCCACAACCUGCCAUGUGGUGCAUCCAUCAUCCUUGGGAAUAACGGCUUUGUGUGGUUGUAUCCCACACCGGAACAACAGGAAGAGGAGGCCGGGGGCUUCUACACCAGCCUGGAGCCCGUCAGUUUGUCAGAUAGAGAGGUGAUUUCACGGUUGAGAAACUGCCUGCUGGCUUUGGCUGCACACAAGGUCCUUUUGUUUGACACCAGUGUUCUCUAUUGCUAUGAAUCCUCGGUUCAGCACCAGGUUAAGGACAUCUUGAAACCAGAAGUGAUGGAAGAGAUUGUAAUGUUGACGCAACAGAAACUUUUGGAACAAGAGGGUUGAGGAGCACAAAUCCAAACCGUGACCACAAAACCAAGACCACAUCAAGCAGCUCUGUCAGAGACUGACCACCUAUCCGAGUCCAGUCUGUUGUGCAGAUGAACAGCUCCGACUGUAUUUUAUCUAACAUAACUGCUGAUUGUUUGACAGCUAAUGGAAAAGAUGGGUAACCUCUUAAAUUCCGCAACAUUCAGAAAUCACUUGAGCAGCUGUUCUUUAGCUUUACAGAGGCACAGUGAAACAAUUUUUUUGAUAAUCUGUUGUGUUAUACAAAAAACUGUUGUAUGCAAUAAAUUUUCUAUAAUUUUCAGUA